AUGUCUGAAGCAACCUUGAAGCUCGGUGACUCCCUCCCCGAGGGCGUCAAGUUCGGUUGGAUCCCACCUACCCCCGAAAACGCAGAUAUCAAAGCAUGCGGAAUGCCAAUUAUCUACAACGCAUCCAAGGAAUGGGCCAACAAGAAGGUCGUCAUCUUUUCUCUCCCCGGUGCAUUCACCCCUACCUGCAGCGCAUCGCAUUUACCAGGCUACAUUGCCAAUCUCCCUGCGCUCCGCGAGAAGGGCGUCGAUGUUGUGGCGACCAUUGCGUACAAUGAUCCUUUCGUUAUGAGCGCAUGGGGAAAGGCAAAUGGAAUUCACAAUGAGGAUAUUCUCUUCCUCUCCGACUACCAGUGUGCUUUCUCCAAACUUCUCGGCUGGACCGAUGGUGAACGUACCGGUCGCUAUGCUCUCAUCAUCGACAAUGGAAAGAUUGUAUAUGCAGAGAAGGAGCCUGGAAAGGGCGAAGUUACUGUUUCUGGAGCUGAGGCUGUUUUGAGCAAGUUGUAG